AUGUUUGAAUUGAUCUGGGAAUCUAUCUAUCUAUCUAUCUAUCUAUCUAUCUCAGUAUCUAUCUAUCUAUCUAUCUAUUUAUCUAUCUCAGGCUGUUUAUUUCUAUCUAUAUAUCUAUUUCAAACUGUUGAUAUCUAUCUAUCUCUGAAUCCAAUUGAUCUAUCUAUCUAUCUAUCUAUCUAUCUAUCUAUCUAUCUAUCUCAGACCGUUUAUACCUAUAUAUCUAUCUCUGUUGGUCUGAUCAAAGGUAUCUAUCUAUCUAUCUAUCUAUCUAUCUAUCUAUCUAUCUAUCUCAGGCUGGCUGAGCAUCUGUUCUUCAGGGCUGGGCAUCUGUUCCUCAGGGCUGAGCAUCUGUUCUUCAGGGCUGGGCAUCUGUUCUUCAGGGCUGAGCAGGGCUGGGCAUCUGUUCUUCAGGGCUGGGCAUCAAAAAAUGGGGAUAAUUCUGCUAAAAAAAAUGUUCUUCAGGGCUGA